AUGAGGGCCUCCGUAUUUGCAUUUUUUGUAGGGGUAGUACGUGCUCUUUUAAAAGAUAUAAAUAUUGCAGCGUAUGAAAAUUCAGACAAUAUUUUGGAUAAUACAGGAUACUUGGAAAAUAAUAAUAUAUAUUUAAAUAGUCCCAAAAAUCACGAAGAAUCAAAAUUUGUUAAUACUCACACCCAUAUUGCUGAUAAAACAGAAUAUGUAACAGAGGUGUUAUACCAUACUCAUACAGAAGUGGUAUUCACAAUAAGAAAAUGUUGUUCAGGUAAAUCAUGGCGUAAAAGUUGUGCAAAAGGGAAAGUUACUUCAAAAACUACUUCUCAUGCAACUGUUUGUCCCACCCCAACCAAAGAAUCAGAUCCAGAACCAGAACCAACAGAUUCAGACUCAAUGGAGCCACCAAGCUCCACAGAAGACCUUGAGGAAACAGAUGAACAUGGGCCAACGGAUACACCAGAACCAGAGCCGGAACCAGAGCCGGAACCAGAGCCGGAACCAGAGCCGGAACCAGAGCCGGAACCAGAGCCAGAGCCGGGACCAGAACCAACAUCUGAUCCAACAGAUCCACCUCAACCUACAGAGGAGCCAGCAGAGACCUAUUCGACCGAAAGUGAUAGUGAGUGUUCAUACACGGAGACAGUAACAAUAAAUGAUGGAUAUGAUGCAACAGUUACAGUAACAGUAUCAGAAGAAUCAGAUAACAAUGGAGUAAGUGAUAAAGGGCACAGUGUCCGAAUAGAAGGAUUUCAAAGAGUAGGGGUAAUUUGUCUGAUUAUAGGAAUCAUGGCAGGGAUGUGGAUAAUUGUUUAA